ACUUUGUCGGUCAAACAAGAAGACUUGUUAUGUUUACACCAGGAACAUUGCAAAAUACUUAAUUUUAAUGAAACAUUCUCUUUUUAGCCGAAAAUCUGGAUUGGAUGGAGGGCCGAAGGCUUCUUGAAAAUGUCUCAAGUCCGAGAACAGAUUAUUUAGCAAUGGCUGCUCAACCAGGCAAUGCUCCACAGCUGAGAUCAGAUUCCUCAGUAGACCCUUCAGCUGAUGGAGAAAAUCCAUCCUCCUCCGGGAUGGUACCAAUAGGAGUGUCACCACCUGAUUAUGCUGCUGUGAUAAGGGAUCAGAACCAGUUUGGAGUGGCUGGUGUUCAAGAGUCAGCAGCUGUCAAUCAGGCUGAUGUACAAGUUUGGACUGAGGAGGCUGGGGACUCUAUCUUGACCACAGAGGAGAUUGAGAUGAUCAUGCAGAUGAGAGAUGCCAGGGGAGACUACCUUGAUAGCAACGCUAGUCCUUGCUAUGAUGAGUCCAUUGAGAUGGAGGAAUAUACAAAGCAGAUUGAGAAAAGCCCAGAAGAAAGAAAAGAUGCUGCAGAUGGCUUUACUGACUUGCAAACCAUGGAGUACAAUGGGCAAGGGACAACAAGUCUCAAUGAAGCAGUUGCAGAUGAGGAAACAGGCAGGGCAGCAUCUCAAGAAAUCUCAUUUGACAAUGAGUGCACUAGCUGUGGACCCUUGAACGGGGCUGUGACAAGUUUCCGACGUUUCCUCGCCCGCCAACCGCCAAAAAAGAUUUUUCUGUAUGGGGUGUUGGUGACAGUGAUUCUUGGGAUAUUGCUGUUAGUCAGCCUGUUACCAGCAAGCAUUGUUUAUGUGGACUAUCAUCAGAUCGCGUUGAAACAGAACAAGAUCACCAACAUUGUAGAUUCAGACUCUGUAUACUACGGCGGUUGCUAUGUGCUUGGACCCACGACCAAGUUCAUCUACUUCGAUGCGUCGACACACGACGUAGUGCAGGAGUUCGAUGUGUUCACCUUGGAUACCAUCAGUGUGAAGAUUACAUUUUCGAUGCAUUACUUUCUCAGGCCUCGAGAGGUGGGGAAACUUUUCCGUCUUUUCCACAUGGACUAUGAGGAUGUCAUUAAGAAAAUGGCAUUGAGUGUGUUGCGUAACCUCGCGAGUACAGAAAUAACUGUUGACAAUUUCCGCUUUGACAGAAGUUACGUGGAGACCCUUAUGCAUGCUGCUGUGAGGGAUAAAUUGGGAGGCACUUGUUGUCCGGACUGCUGCACAUCACGUGACUGUCAGAGCAAUGACUACUGCAGUACAUGUAGUUCGGCACCCACAUGUCAUCAAGGUUACCACAUUGACGUGCGCUACUUCAACCUGCUGUCCGUCAAGAUACCCAACGCAGUGUUUGAAAAAUACCUUCAUGCAACCAUAUUAAAGGUACAGACUGAGCGGGAAGACUUCAUUCAGGAGCAUGCAGUCACUGUGAAGGAGACGGAACAACAAACCAAGAACAUCACCAAUCGGGCUGCAGAGCAGGUCGAAGCUGGACAGGCCACGGCCUACAAAAUUGCAAUGAUGGCCAACGCACAAAGCGAGAGAACUAGGCAACUUGGUUUGAUUCAGGCCCUCAACCAGAUGUAUACAAGACUCAAUGUCACACAGCUGGAUCGCAAGCUGUCCCUGAUGAUGGUUCGAGAACUCGAGGCUAAUGUGGACAAUCUCUACAGUGGUUACGGUUAUGAUAGCCAUACUUUGUAUGCUGGGCCAAGAAAAUAAAGUGCUAAGUGUGUACGUUUGUCAGUUUUAUUAACUGGUCUUGCAUUUAAAUAUCACAUAGAAAACUCUAAAUAAUUUUUCUUUUAAACACGGAGAGCUAACAUAAAAUGUUUACAAACUUAAUUAUUUCAAUCAAGCCUGUAUAGGGAUUUGUAUUUAGAUCAAAAUUGAAAUCUUUAAUAUGUGUGCCUAAUUUUUUUCAGAGUUUGAAUUGCAGAACAUGUCAAAUAUGACUUGCUUAUGUGCACAAUUUGUUGUAGGAAUAUGAUUAUCAUUAAAAUGAUAAUGAUGAUAAGCUUCUAUUUAUACACAAUAAAAUGUGAGCAUUUCUAGUGCAACUUUACAUUCAAACUUAGCAUAAUUUUUAAUUUUAGUCCUUAGGAACUUGGCAAACAAACACUUCUGGAAUAUGAUACUGUUAUUUCUUAUUGUCACUUUUUACCUCAUGAUUUGUACUCCUAGUUAUGUGUGUAAUGUGUGUACAAAUACCCUUUCUUUAUUGUUACAUUAUAUAUAUAUAUAUAUUACAUUUUACAAACUAGUAUUUACAAAUUGUACCCUUAAUGUAAUCUGAAUGUAUUUUUUGUUUAGUUAAUAGUGGUGUUAGUUACCGUUUAUUUCUGCAAAAACACAACAUAGAAUGCUACAAUACUCAAUGUGUUCAUGAUAAGUGAUCAAGUCUAAGUGGGACAGUUAAACAGUUAUGUGUCAGUCAAAUAAUAUUCUCAAACUGAAAUCGUAUAACAAGAAAUAGUAGAAUUUUUACAUUUGUCUGCAAUAUUUUUUGGCUUUAAAACAUAGUUUCUAUAUUUCUUUGGAAGCAACUUUGUUUGUGCAAAACAAAUGAUGGAUAAUCACCAAAUAAACAAACCCUAUUUUAGACAUUUGAAUGUAUUCAAUACAUGUAUAUAAUGGGACAGUAAAGUUUUUCAAAAAUUAUUGUUCACAGCCCUAAAUUGUGAAACUGCUUCUUUACAAUAACAUAUUUUCCACUUUAUUCAAACAAGUUACGUGAGUUAACUUCACACUCACAUAACUUGUUUGAACAAAGGGGAAAAUACGUUAUUGUAAAGAUUUGUAUGACCUGUUGAUUGUCAAUUAUAUUGCAUAAUAUUGUAUUUUGUUUAUUGAACAAUCUUUUUUUUCUUAUAUAUAGAAUUAUAAUAGUAGUACAAAAAUGUAUCUUCUGUUAUGGUUAUAAUUUAUAAAUGUGUGUUGUCUAUCACCUGUGCUGAGAUAUAUUUUUACUGGAUGUCGUUGGAGUGUGCAAUAUCUAUAUACACAACUGUACUCAUUUACAAAUGAAAGACAUUCAGAAGGGGUGGUGCGAAACUGUGAAAGCAACCCCUAAAAUUUGCCAAGGUUAAAUUUUUGUUCAAUCCAGCUUAUACUUGUUUGAAUGAAAGCUUUUUGAUUUAAUGGAUCUGUGAAGUAAAUUGUCCAUAAGUCUUUGUUACCACAUUUGCAGUAAUACGUCACUCUCUUAAUUGUGCCGGCUAGCUUGGUGAGUAGAACGCUGGACUACAAAUAGGAGGAAAGAAGGUUGGAUUUCUGACUAGGCCUCGUAACUUGAGUGGCGAUUGGUCAUGAAAUCUAAAGUCAUUCUCCACCUACCGCGGUACAUCUGUUUUAUGUAGGGCAGUUGUCAGUUACUUGCACAAGUAUGUGCACUUAAUACUUGUAAACAAGCUAACUUAGGAAAAAUGAAAGCUGUGUAAAUGGCUGCCAUGUUUGUUGAAGUACUGUUGAAAAGGUGGGAAAUCCAACUAAAACAAGAAAAAACUUGCUAAAUUGCUUCUUUCAUUGAUAUAAUUAUCUGCACUUGUAUAUGACCUUCAUUUAAAUAGUGCUGUCUUCAAACUAACUGAGCGAUCAUUUUGCUCCAAUUUUAGACUUUAACAGUUAGUGAUUAAAGGACUAUCAGAUUUCAGUUUGUUGUGUUUUUAUUUUGGACAUUAUUUCUGUACAACUUAUGUCAGUUUUGAAUUUUUUUUGAUGCAAUUGUUUGCACAUUUUGUUAUGACAUGACUAAAAACAUUUCUCAUACAUAUAGUUGUCUUGUUUGAUAAAAACCACAACUUAACUUCAUCCCAUGUAUGUUCUUCAUAUUAUAAUAAAUACCAGCUAAUUAA